AGCAGAUUCACAAGUCAGUAGUCAAGAUGAAAUUAACGAUUUGCUUUUUAACUCUGUUGGUGGUGAGCUACGCCCUGGCCCAGGAGUCAGCUGAGUCUUCAGCCGAGGCAGAGGAGUACAGACACAACAAUCGUCACGGACAUCGUCACGGACACGACAACCGCCAGAAAAACAACCACGGAAAUCGCAACAAGGACAACCACCACAAACACGAGCACCACGAGCAUCAUGAACACCAGGAUCACGAGCAUCACAAGCACCACGAGCACCACGAGCAUCAUGGACAUCGGGAGCAGGAGCAACAGGGACGCCCCGAACAUCGCCCCAACCAAGGUAGACCCAACAACAACAACCAGCAGCGACCUAAGCAAGAAGAAGGCCGCAGACCAUCGGGUCCCCCAGCCGGAGGCAGACCACCGGUCGACGAACCAAAAGUAGUCGGUGUAGGUGGCAGAUGGCCCGUGGGUGGCCAGCACAAGCCUCAACAGAGCCAGGAAGGCGUGGCUAUCGCCAAUUCCGAAGCUAAAGCCAUCGCCGACGGUGGCCGUCGCCCACCAGUGGUAGCUCCUACCCACCUCGGUGGUGGUGGUGCUGGUUCCGGAAGUCUCGGCGGAGGUCUGGGUGGAACCCUGGGACACCUCGAUGUACCCCUCAAUGUACCGUCCGGCUCGGCAGUGGCCCAGGCCAACGCCGUCGCUAAGGCUAUCGCCGAGUAA